AUGAAUCAGUUAAAAAAAGUAGAUGUGUUUCAAGAAAAUAGUAAUAGUAAUACAAUAUUUUCACAUUAUGAUAAUGAAUUAAAUUCAUUGAAUGAAAAAAGUUAUGUGAAUAAUAAUAAUAAUUCUAAUUUAAUACCAUUCAAAAAGUAUUCGAAUAAUGAUUUAUAUAUCUUACCAUUUACAAAAGAAAAUGAAAAUGAAUUUUUAAAAAUGAACAAUAUUUAUUCAAAAAGAGGAAGAGAAUUUGAAAAUACUAAUAAUGAAUAUAUGAUUAAUUAUUUAAAUGCUUAUAUAAAUAAAAAUAUAAAAAAUAAAGGGGGAGAUAAUACAUCCAGUAAUAUAAUAGGAAUAACAAAUAAAAGUAAUAAUGAAACUAAUUAUAAUCUUAUAACAAAUCAUUUAAAGGAUAGUAAAGCAAUGGUUGAAACAAAAAAUUCAAUAUAUAAAAUAGAUUCAAAUGGAAAUCAAAAAAAUGAUAACUUCAACUCAUGUAUAAAUGAAUUUAUGCAUAAAAAUAUUCUACAUAAUAAUAAAAAUUUUUCUAAUAAUACCUUAAAUGAUGUAAUAUCUGAAGAAAAUAUAAUAAAUAACAUACAAAGAGUUAAUUACAUUAAUAAUUAUGAUAAUUUGAAUAACACAAAAAAUGUAAAUAAUAUUAAAAAUGAUAUGAAUGAAAUGAAAAAUAUAAAUAUUAGUAAAGGAAUUUCUAAUAAAUUUAAUAGUAAUUUAAUAUCUAAGUAUAAUAAUAAUUUAAAUUUAAAAAUUAAUGAUAAUAUUUUAAAUGAAGAUAAUACUAAUAAAGUUUAUAAUAACGAUUCUUUACAUGAAUCUGCAUUUGAUAAUGAUAUUAAUGAAAAACAAAUAUUAAAUGAUAGUUUAAAUGAUAAUAAAAUAUCAUUUAAAGUUCAUAGUAAUAAACUAAAGGAAAAAAAUGAUUCUACAAAAAUAUCUUAUUCUCAAUUUGUAAACUUAUCAUGUACACCUAGAGUUAAUAAUAUUGAAUCUAUAUUAAAUUUUAAUCAUGUUAAUUCCAAUCAUUCUGAUAAAAAAAAUUUUGUCAUAAAACAAUCUAAUAUAUCAUCUGGGAUUUCUCAAGAAGAAAUUCUAAGAGCACAAGAGAAGGAAAAUUAUAAAAAUUUCCUUAAUGUUAUAAAUAAAAGAAUGGAAAAUAUUAUAAAAGAUAAAAAUGUUAUUGAAAUUGAAAAUCAUUACAAGCCAAGUUUUCAGUCAAAAAAUAUCAAAAUGUAUGAUAAUAUAAAUAAUAUAGAUAAUAAUAAUAAUAAAUUAAUUAAUAUGUAUAAUUAUAAUAGUUAUUUAAAAAAUAUGAAAUUGAAUGUAAAUGAAAAUAAAAAUACAAAUAUGUUCAUAAAUAAUCAAAAUGUUUUUAAUGAAUUAAAUGAAAGUUAUAAAAAUUCUUAUUUAAAAAAAAUUCAAUUUAAAUUACCUGUUGAAACCAUAAUUGAUAAAAAUACGUUUAUACAUGAUUCAUUAAAAUCAUCUGAGUGUUAUUCUCCUACUUUUCCAUAUUCAAAUAAUGCAGAAAUUAAUAAUGAUGUGAGUAAUUCAAGUAAAAAUAUUGAUUUUUCAAAUAAAUUUGUUGUAUCAGAUAGUAGAUCUUAUAAUAAUAAUAAUAAUAAUAAUAAUAAUAGUAUUAAUAUAGACAAAAUGAAUAAUAUAAAUAAUAUAAACAAUCUUAAUUCAUUAGAUAAUGUAAGUAACGUAAAUAAUACAAAUAUUAUCGAAGAUAAAAUUGCUGAUGAACAUACUGUUAGUAAUAAUCUUAAUAACAGUCAUCAUAUGAUAAUAAAAAAGAAAAAAAUAAGCAAUAAUUUAAAUGAAUGUGAAGACAAAGAUUUUUGUUUUGAAAAAGAAACUAAUAAUAAUGUUUUUAAUAAAAAUAAACUUUACUUAAAUCAAAUUAUAAAUUGUAAUGAAAAUAAUGAAUUUUAUUUGAGUGAAAAUAUUAAUAAAGCAACAAUGAAUGAUGAAAAUAUUUUUUUACAUAGUGGGAAUAACAUACAACUUAGUGAUGCAUCUUAUAAAUAUGAAAAGGAACAAAAUAUAAAAGAUGGGAAUAUGGAAGAAAAUAAUUCUCAUUUUUAUAAUGAAAGUUACACUAAUUUAAAAAACAAUAAUAUUAAUAAAAAUGAAAAAAAUUAUAAUGAAGGAGAAAUUAAUAACUUGAGAAACUUAGAUAAUUUAAUUAGUUUAAAUCAUAAUACUAAUUCUAUGGAAAAUCAGAUGAGUUUAAAUAAUGGUUCGAAUAAUAACCUUAAUAAUAUAAAUACAAAUUAUAAUACUAAUAUGAAUAAUAGCUAUAAUGUAAAUAAUAAUUUUUUACAUAUUUCUAAUAAUUUUAUUAAUAAGGAUUGUAAUAAUGAUUUUCUAAAUACACAUAAUAAUGUUAUAAAUGCAAAUAAUAAUUUCAUUAAUACAAAUAAUAAUAUGAUUAGCAACUUUAAUAAAAUAAAUGAUAAUUCUAUAAAUAGAAUUGAUAAUAAUAACAUUAAUUAUAAGCAUAUUAUAAAUAUUGAAAAUGAAAAAAAAAUAAAUGAAAAAAAUCAAACAGAUACAUUGAAUAGUAAUAUGAAUAAUUUAUCUCUAGAUGUAAACUUUAAAAAUAUAUCAUAUGAAAAAAUAAAUAAUCAAAAUGGUGAGACUGUUUUUUAUAAAAAUAUUUCAUAUAUAAAUGAUAAGGUUAAUAAUAAUAAUAUGGAUAAUAACGAUAUUAAUAUUAGCAAUACUAAUAAUAAUUCGAGUAGUAUUGCUAAUAAGAACAUUAAUAAUAUUAAUAAGAAUAUUAAUAAUACUAAUAUAAUUAUUAAUAAUAAUAAUGAAAUAGAUAUUAAAAGUGAGGAAUGUAACAAUGAAGAUGAUAAUGAUGAGGUAAAAAAAGAGAAGUGUGAAUUACAUAUUAAUAUAGAUGAAAAAGAAAAAAUUUCCAAUUAUUUCAAUUCUGAUAUAAAUAAUGAGCAACGGAAUAUAUUAGGUAAUAACCUUAACUAUAAUAAAAAAGUAAAUAAUAGUUCAGAUGCUAAGUUAAAUGAUUUGAACUAUAAUUUAAAUAAUGAUUGUUUAAAAAAUAGUCUGAUAUCUUCAAAUAAUAGUCUUAAUGAUAACUUAUCUUAUGUUAAUCAUAACAAUAAUAAUGAUGAAUGUAUAAUGAAUAAUAAUUUUAUCAAUACUAAUUUUUCAUUUUCUAUGAAUAACGUAAGUAAUACAAAAAAUAAUUUAGAUAAUAUGAGAAAUAUAAACAUUUUGAAUAAUAGUAUAAAUAGUAAUUUGAGUGAUAUAAAUAACACAAAAAAUAUUAAUAAUAUAGACAAAAAUAUUGAUAAUAACGUAAAUAAUUAUAAUUUAACUAAUAUAAAUGAAGAAAAUAUUAAUGUUAAUGUUAAUGUUAAUGUUAAUGGAAAUAUGAACAAUAAUAAUAUAAAUAAUGUAGAUAACCAUUUAGAUAAUAUCAAUUAUUUGAAUAAAAAAAAUGAUAUUUUAUAUAAUGAAAGAAAUUUAAAUUAUGAUCCUAUAUAUAAUAAAAACAUAUAUGAAAGCAAAUAUUUAAAUAUUAAAAAUAAUAAUAAUUUAAAUCUAUUUGAUCAAAAUAAAUCUGGAGUUGUGACAAAAAGCAAUAUUAUUCUUACAAAUUGUAAUAUGCAUUCAAAAGAAAACAUCAUAUAUCCGAUUAAUGCUACUCAUAAGUAUAAUGCUGUUAACCAUAAAGAAAAUUUUAUUACAACAGAUAAUUUUAAUAAUAAUUUUAAUGUAGAUAAUGAAAAUAAUGUGAAAAAUGUUAACACUAUCAAUAUUUUAAAUAGUGCUAACAAUUUAAAUAAUAUAAGUAAUGUAAGCAAUUUAAGUAGUAUAAAUAAUGUUAAUAAUAUGAAUAAUUUAAACAGAGUGAAUAAUUUGAAUAUUUUAAAUAGUAUGAACAGUUUAAAAAAUAUAAAUAAUUUUAAUAAUGUGAAUAACAUGGGAAACAUAGGAAACAUGAAUAAUUUGAAUAAUUUCGUAAAUAAAAAUAAAAUUUUUGAAGAUGAAAUUUUAAAAAGCAUAAAUUUAGCGAAUAAUCCAGUUAAAAAUAUGAAUAUGAUUGAUAAUAACAAUUCAUAUAAAAAUAAUGUUUCUAUGAAUCUAAUGAAAAAUAAUAAUAUUAUAAAUUCCAUUACAUAUAAUCAAAAUAAAUUACUAAUUAACAAACAAAAUAUUCCUUUAAAUAAAUAUGUAAAUAAUAAUAAUAAUGUAAAAAACAUAAAUAAUAAUAUGAUAGAUUAUAGAUCUAUUAACAAUAUUGUAAAUCCAAACACAAACACUUUUGAUUAUGCACAAAUUAAUGAAAACAAAAAUUACUUAACGUUCUCACAUAUUAAUUUAUCACAUAGAAAAAAUAUUCUUUGUGAUAAUAAGACAAAUGAUAAAGUGAAUUUGUUUUUAUCUUACAAUAAAAUGUCAAACUUACCGAAUGGGUAUAACAUGGAAGGUACAGACAAAAAACCAAUUAAUCUGGAUAAUUAUAGUAUGAAUAAUGUUAUAAAAAAUGAUUAUAAUUCAAAUAUUGUAAUAAAUAAAAGUAUUAUUGAUAUUAAUGAUAAUAAAAAUAUGAAAAUAGAUAAACAUAUAAACAACAGUACUAAUGAUAUGGAUGAAAGAAGACAUCUGGAUAAUACUGAUAUGAACUUGUUAAAUAUAAAAAGUUGCUUUCAUAACAAUGUUUUAGAAUCAAAAAAUAAUUUAGUAAUUAAUCAAAAUGAUAAUAAUAAAAAUAAUAUAAAUCCGAAAGUAACAAACAACAAAUUAAAUAGUUAUAUUAAUGAUAAUAUAGGCAAUAUUAUUUUAAAUAAAAAUAUAAAUAUAAAUAAUUUUAUAAAUAAUGGUAGACAAAUUGUUCAAAAUAAUGUUAAUUCUUAUUUAUCCAAUAUUAGUUCUGUAAAUAUUCAUAAUAUAAAUUUAAAAAAAAAUGAAAAUAUAUAUAAUCAUAAAAAUAUAUCAAUUGAAAAUAAAGUAAAUAAUAAUAAUAAUAAUAAUAAUACAGUCAACACUGUCUGUAAACAAAAUUCAAAUGAUAUAGAAAAAAUAAAUGAUCAUUUAAUUUUAUGUAAUAAUGAAAAUAUAAAUAUUAUGAAUAAAAUGAAAAAUCCAAAAGGUACUUAUAUUUGUAACCAUACAAAAAAUUGUAUUUCUCUUAAUAAUAUAGCUAACCAAAAAAUAAAUGAUAUAAAUACAAAUAAAAUUUUAGAUGAACGUAUUUUUUUCAAUAACAGUAAAAACAGAAAUGCUUGUUUAAAUAGCAAAAGUGAUUUCAGUAAAAAUGUGUUAGAUAAAAAUUAUGAUAUUAAUAAAAAUAGUAAAAAUAAUGAAAAUAUUAAUUAUUUAUCAAAUUUUAGAAAUAUCAUUAAUCAUAGCAACAGUAAUAAUAAUAAUAAUACUGUACAAAAUAAUUUUAAAGAUAAUUUUUACAGUAAUUUAAAUAUUUUAACAAAUAAUAAAAAUAUUACCAAUAUGAACUUUAAUGAUAAUAUAAUUUAUAAAAAUAAUAACGUAAAGAUUAACAGUUGCAAUAACAAGAUAAAUAUAACACAAACUUUAAAAAGUAAUAGAGGUACACGUUUGUUUAAAAAUUCAGUAAUGAAUGAACAUAGAAAUAUUUUAGAACAACAUAAUGAGGAAAUAGAAGUUGAUGAACAUAAUGAUGAAAUAGAUGAGGGAGAAAUAAAUGAAAAUGAAAAUAUACAAGAAAGAAAGUACCUUCAUAAUGGUGUUCCAGUGAAAAGAGAAAAAAAAAAUCAGGAAAGUAUGAGUAGCUCUUAUUAUCUUAAUAAUAAUAUAAUACAAAAACAUUAUGAAUAUAACAAUUUAAUUAAUAAUAAUAAAAUUAAUGAUAUAAUACAUAUGAAAAAUUCAUUAAAUUAUAGUGGUAUAACAAAUCAUGAUAAAAAGGCAAAUCAAGAGGACUCUAUUCAAACUGUACAUAACGAUCUUUUAACUAAUGAUGUAAAAAAUAAAAAUUAUGAUGAAUUAUUACAUAAUAAAAAUAUUAUUUCAAAUAACCAAAUAUAUAAUAUACAUUCUAAAAUUGCAAAUAAUAUUCCUAACACUAAUUUUAUAUCAAAAUACAACGAAGAUUUAUUAACAAAUAAUGAAAGACACAACAUAAAAUUAGUGGAUGAAAAUAAUAAUUUAAAUAAUAUAAAUGAUAUAGUAAAUUGUAAUUCAUUAAGUAAUGACAAUAUAUGUUACAGAAACAUAGAAAGUUAUAAUGGAAUUAAUGAAAAUAACAUUUCUUCUGAUAAAUCAUCGAAAAAUAAGAAUAUUAUGAAUGUAAAGUUAGAUAAUACUACUAAAAAUAGAAAUUCUCAAAAUAGUAUUGCUAAUAUUGGUACAAUUAAUGAUAUAAAUAAAGUUGUGUUUAAUAAUAAUAAAAUAAAUGAGAACCAACAACAUAUAUAUGAUAUUGAACAAGGGAAUGCUAAAUAUAUAUCUAAUAGUAGUGAUAUAACAGUUAAAAAAAAAGAAAAUGAAAAUGUUUUUAGAAUGUCAAAGACUCAAUUACUUAGCUUAGAAAAUGAUAUAAAAUAUUUACAAUCAUUAUCAACAUAUAUUAAAUCAGAAGAUUUGUAUUUUGAAACUUAUGAGGAGACUGAUGUUUAUUAUGAUAAAAGUAACGAAUAUGCACAUUCAGUAAAUAAUUGCACGCAAAUUAGUACAGCAGAUUAUAUAAUAAAUAAAGCAGUAAUAAAUAACAAAGAUUAUUUAAAUAGAAAACUAAAGAAAGAAAAGAAAAAAACAAAAUAUUACACAAAUAAAUUUAGUAGUAAAAUGAAAUAUACAAUAAUUGAAGAAGGAUCAUUUGGUGUAGUUUAUAAAGGAUGGUAUAAAGGAUUAAAUGUGGCUGUUAAAAUCCCAGUUGAUAAAAUGGCAAGACAAGAUCCAUAUGGGUUAACGAAAAGAUCUAUAAAUGAAUGGAAAAUUUUAUCUAAAUGUGAUCACCCCAAUAUAAUUAAAUUAUGUGGUGGUAUAAUUCAUAGCUAUUUUGAUAUAUGGCUUGUAACGAAAUUAGUUAAUGGAUUAGACUUACAUACUAUUAAAAAUAAUAUGAGUAAAGAUGAAAAAGUUCUUAGCAUAGAUAUCUCGUUGAAAAUGUGUAGACAACUAGCAGAAGUAAUUGAUUUUUUACAUACACCUAUAAAAAAUAAAAAAGAUGUUAUAAUACAUAGAGAUAUAAAACCAGAAAAUCUUAUUAUAGAUAAUGAUUGGAACAUUCAUUUAUGUGAUUUUGGUGACGCAGAAGAAUGUGAAGAUGGUAUUGUUACUAAUGUUUCUGGUGCUACAUGGAUUUAUGCCCCACCAGAAUUAUUAACAUGUCAUCCAUUAAAACAAAGUAGUGAUUAUAAUUUUUUGGAUCACACAAAACUUUCUUAUAAGUGGGAUAUUUGGUCUAUGGGUUGUGUUUUUCAAGAAAUGAUGAAUUUACCUUCUCCUUUUCAACAUUAUAUUAUAACAUUUGAAGAAUCUGAUCAAAUUUAUGAAAAAUUAGUUGAUGUAUUCACAAAAAAACUACCACCUUGUAUUCAUUCAAAAAUUGAAAAUUCUCCAUUUGCUGACAUUAUAAGAUUAUGCUUAAACUAUGAUCCAAAUUUAAGACCUACUGCUUCUGAAAUUGUUAAACUUUUAAAUCAACCAGAUGAAUAUUUACUUUUAAAAAGAAAAUAA